AUGCCAAUUAUUCCUUACAUUAUUCACUCUAAUACCUCCAAACAGACAGUGGAUCUCUCAGAUCUGGAGGAACACAUUGAACAGUUCCAGCACUUGUUGCUCUACGAAGAAGCACUUCAGCAGCUCCAAGAUGGCAACGUGCCACAUAGAAUACUCAGAACGAAACAGAUGGGAUGUACCUCGGAUACAGAAUUUCUCGCAAAGUUGCAUUGCAUCAGGCAGGCAUUCAAUGAGAUCUUCGAGGUAGAAGAGAACAGGAAAUGGUUCGAGGACAUAGGCAGAGAGCUGAUUGGUACUUUACUGAAGCAUGCCGAUAAGGACCCUUCCGAUUUUUACAAGUUGUACGACAACUUCAUGGACUACUUGAAGACCUCUGAAAACUGGGUCAACAUCGAGGUCGAAUUGAAAGGGAGAAAUGUGAAAGUGAUGAAUUUCUUUGACAUAGUGAUCGACUUUCUACUCUUUGACGGUUUCGACGACCUUGAUCAAGUUCCUUCGACCAUCGUCAACAUCUGCGGGAACAGGUGGAUAACUAAUGGAUUCAAGGAGACUGCAAUCUUAACUUUCGUCUGGUCUGUCCUCAAAGCAAAGAGAACCAUGCUGACCAACCAGGAUGGCUUCAUAUCCCACUUCUACAGCAUCAGCGAGAUCACAAGUCCCGUCUUUGCCUGGGGGUUUCUAGGCCCUGACGGCCCUCUUAAGAGUGUCUGCAAGUUUUUUAAGGACGAAGUAACCAGUUUCAUGACUGAGGUCUUCGAUUUCGAGUGCGUUCGUUUCAGCACGUUGACCGACCUGACGGAAGACAUCAUGAAGCUAGCCAGGAAACACGGUCAGCUGGCCAGGGAUAAACUAUCCACCCACCCGUCUUAUUGGUCGUGA